AAUGGGCGCCGUUUUUGUCGCGUCAUCACUCGUAUAGCGAAAAAGAUGCUGAAUAAGUCUGUAGUCCCUGGAAAAAUGUGCACAGCCUGUAUAGUCGUCAUCCGGAAAGACAUGCGGACAUGACUAAAAUUGCGAGGUUUUUCUGCAUUUUGCUGAUUUUUGUUGUUGUUGCUGCUGGUGCUGGAAUCAACUGCUUCGAGUUGCCAAAGUGGAAUCUCGAUGAUCCUGCGAGGAUCCUACAGACGACUUUUGGGAUUGUUGCGAGGGGUUCGGAAGCCUUGGCUUCAGUGGGUGCUGCACCCAGGUUCUUUUCCCAGCUGAGUUCUGCUUCUUCCAGUGCUGCGAAUGUCAUUGAACAUCGGGAACAGCUGAAAGCACUGGCCAAUGAGCAAGUGGUGCUACACAAGCAAGGAGUCAUAAAGAACCAGCACCCAAGACUGAGCUAUGACACAUACAUCAAACCAACCUACAAUGGCUGGCACAUAUCAGAGAUCCAUAGGCCUGGUUGGAGUCUGACAAACAUUGCUCAUGAAAGCAACAGGAAGAAGGCAGAAUUCCUGCUGCAGGCCUUGCAUGAUUUGAGCCAAGUCACACACCACCAUGGGAAUAAUGACAGAGGAAGAUAUCCUCUACCUUCUGAGACCAGUAGUGCUGCUGAUGAUGAUGUGUCAUCAUCAGAAGAAGAAGACACUGCUGGUGGUGUUUCUGGGAGACAAACUGGGAUGAGUGUUUAUGAGAGGAGACUCAAAGAGGCCAAGGAAGCAGUUGAGGAUUUGACUGAGGAGUGUUUGAGGAACACAGACCAUAGGACAGUGGCUGAUUGCAUGAAGCACUUGCUGGUCAAGCACAGGAGUUACUUUCAGCAUGGGGAGCCCUCCAGGAACAUCUCUGCACCUCUGGAACCUGUGGCCUUGAGCAGGAUUGACUUCACUUCUGACCUGGGGUUCAAGGUGUCUUUGGGCAAUAUCCAGGUGUAUGGUGUAUCCCAUGGGUUCACAGAUGACAGACUUUUCAUCAGUUUGCUGCAGUACCCUGAACCAUGGAGCAUGCUGUCCUACCUGAGGUACACCAUCUUGUUGCCAGUUGUGAAUAUCAAUGGCUACUUCAGCAUUGAUGGCAAAGCAGUGAAGUUAAUUUUUGCUGAUGAAAUGCCUGCUGGGGAAUUGGGGUACCUGGGGAAGCAUUCUGGUUCUUUCAGGGGUGCCAUCAAAUUUAUGAAAGCAUCUGGUGAUGGAUACAUUUUGUCAUUCCCUGAUGGCAGUGCAAUGGCUGCCAACAUCACCAUGUCUUUCAUGUACUUGGACUGGUCUGUGUCAUUGCGUUCCCGCAGGAACCCAGUACUCACUCAGAAAAUGGAGGCCAUGUUGAAUGACAAGUUCAAAGGAAGGUCCUUGCUGGACCAAAUGAGCAUCCCAAUUGCAGACUCCCUCACCUCCAUCUUCUCCCAGAUCUUCACUGAUGCUUACCUGGCCUCCAGCAAGACCAAAACCACCAGCACUGCUCAUCAUCAGCAAGGCAGAGUCUCUGUGCAAAUGGACUCUGACCCCAAGAAUAAUCAUAAGAGACUGAGGAACAAAAAUAAACAGAACUUGUCCAAAUACCAGAAUAUUUCUCUGAGUGGCCUCCUUGACCUGGAAGCCAUGUAUGAAGAGUUGUUUGAGAAACUCAACACCAGGAGUCAUCACCACUGGAGCUGGGAGGAAUUCUCUCAGCAAAGCUUGCCUGGUUUCAAGCCAAGAAGUGGCUUUGAAGCAAAGAAGUACUCCUGGCUCUGUGGUACUUGUGGAGGUGCCAUUGGUGCACUUGGGUUGGCAUAUUUGGCAGUUUACUUCUCCAUCAGGAACCAAACAUCUUCUGUGCAGUACUUUGAGACAGUGCCUACAAUUGUACCUGCUUCUUUGCUGUUGGUGACCGGGUUGUUGGUGGGCUGUUUCAUCAGGAAACCCAACCGCACAGACUUGCUGACAAAGUUGGCAGGGCUGAGCUGCUUGACCAGUGCAGUUGUGUGUGUUGUGGUGACAAUCACAACAACAGUUGUGCACAUGAAUCGCCUGCAAACCCUCAGGGAAUGCGUCUACACACCUCAGGCCAGGGCCUGUGCUUGUUUCUCUGCCAUUCCUGACCCUUCUGCUUCUGGAAACCCGUCGUCCAACUCAAAUGAACCAGGUGGAAAGUUUGUUUUUGCUGGCACGGAAAGCUGUGAUGUGAUCCAUGGGUCUCUGUACACUUGCCUCAGGGUCUUGUUUGGGGUGUCAGUGGUUGCCAUCAUUUUAUGCAUCUUUUCUUGCAUGCUGACUUAUCAACUAGUGAGAUUGCUGGAGUCUGCUACUGAUGUCAUGAGCAGUCCUGCUCAAGAAUCAACUGCUGGAUGUGCUGCUCAAACAACAGGCCAAGCUGGAUCCAGCAGAGAUCAUCAAGAUGGCAAUAUCUCCAGUGGCUGGAGAAGCCCCCAAGAUGAAACAUCAGGAACUGAGGUCAUGACCCCAGGCUCCCAGGCUUGCACAGAGGAGUCCUCAGCAGGCCCAUCAUCAAUGGGCAACUCCUCCAGGUCCAUCAGACACAGCAUCCUGUCUGCAGAAAGCAUCAUGGACCCUGGCCCACGCUCCAGAAGAGGCAUGGUGGGCAGUGCUUCUUUUCAUAUGGGGCCAGGGUUCUGCCAUUACCCAGUUCUGCCAACAUACCAGGCAGAAGACACUUGUUGGGGUCCUCCACCUCCUUACCCAGACUCCAGUGGCCACUCUGACAAUGGCUCAGAAGCCAGCCCUGCUUUGGGCUCAAGGGCCAGGAGGAUAAGUGGGAGGAAGUUGAGGCCUACAUCUUAUCCUGCUGCUUCAGCUGUCAGGGGUUUAGUUUACAACAAUCUGCCUCAGGCUGGGCUGGUGCAGGGCAAAAGGACCAGGAGGACUGUGUUGACUGGAGGAAGACCAGAUGGAAGAGGUGGAAGAAAGUUUUAUGGCAUGGAUGUGACCCCCAGGCAAAAUGCUAAUGCCAGACACCAUCAAAACCCAUCAUCUGGCCAACCUCAGGAACUCUUUUACUCCAGCUCAGCAGUGAGUCAAGAGAGAGCAGAGACCCAGUCUCCAGCCUUGACAGCCACUGAUGCAGAAGUAGCCUCCUUCUUCACCAGCAGUGCUGUCAUCAGAGCCCAAGGCCAGUUCCCAGAGCCUGAGGGCAUGGAUCAUCAAGUCAGGGUCUGGAGGAGCAGUCCAGGGCAUGUGGGCAGUCUUCCACUGAGGAUGCCUCACAGGGCCCUGGACAAAGUUGCCAAUCAAGCAAUACUCAGCUGUGAUAAUCUCCCUUUGUUCACUGGACAAAGGAGCAGUUUCAGCUUGCCUGCCAGAGCACAAAUCCAGUUGAGAUCUAUUCAUGUAUAG